GGUCACACUAGAAUGUUUUUUUUUUUAUUAUUUGUUAAAACGAAGAUUUGUGCGUAGUGUCUAGCUUCUACUUAGCCCAGCUUCUCGGUCGUAGCUUAGAUUAGCUUCUGCCCCGAACGGAUCGCGAUAAUAAUAAAGCUGCGCCACCUACGGCGACGGCGGCGCCAGCGGCAGGGGCAGCAGCAGCGGCUGAAAGUUUUUUUUUUAUGAGCUACGAAUCUCGGAUCUAAGGUUGCCUUUUCGGUUUCUAAUUUCCAUACAAUAAGUUGUUUGCCAACCGCGAGCCGCAUCGGAUGAGCCGGCGGAAUACACCGCCUCCCAAAAGGAAGAACCAAGGAUCCACCAGCCAAGUGCAGCCAAGGAAUUGAGGAGAAACCACAGUUGCACUUACACACACAUAUAUAUAUACACACACACACAAAGUAAGCAACACAAAUAAAGUUGAAGAAGGAACAGGAUCAACAAAAUGGACGACUGCAGCAGCGGACGGACCUCGCUGGCGGAUAGCGCCAGCCUGACCAACGCCUCCAUGCGCAGCGGUGCCUCCUCCUCGCAGAGCGUCAACACCAACGACGGCACCAUUCGGGUGUGGAACUACAAGUCCAAUGAUUACGAGCAUUUCUAUCCCACAAUGACCUGCGAGGAUAUACGGACCGCAAUGUGCCGCCUCCUGGGUAUUGCCCCGACCGCCCAGCUUCUGUAUGGCAUACGUGAGCACGCGACAUCGCGCCGUCCAAGUCCACUGGUGCGACUCGAUCUCACCUGGGUGAUGCCCGGCGAACGGCUGCACUGCCAGCUGACCUACUGCUUCCGGAUGAGAUUCCGGGUGCCGGAAUUGGACAGCCAACUGGACGUGAUUGAUUUGAGGAGCCAUGACUUCCUCUACUCGCAGAUGCGCUACGAUUUGCUUCACGAACUGAUCUCGGAGAUCAAGUAUCCCGACAACAAGGACAAGUCCACGGGACUGGCCGUCAUAGACAUGAUGGUCGACAGGCUUGAGCAGUCGCCGGAGGAGCAACUGGAGCGUUCUAUUGAGAAAAACUACAAGAUGUAUUUACCGCCCAGUUUGUGGCGAGCGCACAGCUUCUUUGUGGGCAACAAGAUCCGCGAGGUGUUUCGCAAUCUGAGCGCCAACUCGCCGAGCUUGGAGCGCCUGAAGUGGCACUAUGUCCAUCAGGUGUCCCAUCUGGCGCCCACCUACAUGACCGAACAGUACACCGUUACCGUUCAGUGUCUGCCCAACGAGGAUCUACCGAUGGGCGGCGGUGUCUUUGGCAGCGGCCAUCUCAGGAGCGUUGUGAGCAGCUCAACAUCCACGCUGGCCAGCACCGAAUCCUCCAGCACGGUAUCCACACUGACAACGAAUAAUCCCAAUAAUCCCUCGACCAAUGGCGGCUCCCCCAAUGCCAGCAUCAGUGGCAGCAGCGGCAAGAAAAGCAAGCGACGCACCACCAGCACCACAGGGAUCGAUGUCUAUGUCCGGGUCUUUCCACACGACUCGGCGGAGCCGGGCCUCAAGGUGGCCAGGGUGACGUCCGAGGCGACACUUAAGUGGAUACUUUUGGGCAGAAUAGAGGACAUUUUCAUGAUCUCGAAAAUUAACAGCACCAAUGUACGGCUCGAGGUUGUGGGCCUGCCCAAGGGCUAUGAGAUGCAAUUCCAGAACGAGAAGGAGAUGAAGUCCUUCAUUUCCUAUUUGAGCAUAUACAAAAGAAUGUCCUCAAAGUGGAUGCAGGACUUGUGCCAUUCGUAUCGAACGCCCAGCUUGGCGGAGCUGGACUCGCUCCACUGCCACGGACCCAUCGGCGGUGCCUAUUCGCUGAUGAAGCUGCACGAGCAUAACAACAAGUGCGGCAGCUAUAUCAUACGUGAGUGCGAUCGCGAGUACAACGUCUACUACAUUGAUAUCAUAACCAAGAUCAUUGGCAAGGACACACCGCACCAGCGUUGCAAGACAGAGACAUUUCGUAUCGUUCGCAAGGACUCGCAGUGGAAGCUGAACAUCAACAACAACGAGCACACCUUGAAUUCGCCCGAGGAAGUGGCACGCUUCAUUCAGGCGGAGGUAACCGAACGCAUCAGGAUACCCGCCUCCAUGUAUGACACGCCGCCCCUGCUGCUCCUGCUGCUGCCAAAGAACUUAAAGGCCAAAAAGACUGACUUGCAGCUGAGCGAAGCGGAGCUGCAGCGACGCAAUCCCCAGAUCUUUAAUCCCAAAACGGAUCUACAAUGGUAUCCAGAUUCCAUUUCGCUCGGCGAUGACGGCAUGAUGUUUACAAUGCGUGGGGACUGGAUCCAGCAGAGUCCCGUCAAAGAUGUCUCCGUGACGAUGAAGAUGAUGAAAAGCGAUGGCAACUUUAUGGAAUUCUUUCGUUUGGCCCAAAGCUGGACCCUCAUCCAGUCGCCGCAGUUCCUUAAGCUGUACGGCCUCACCCUCUCGGAUCCGUACACCAUGGUCAUGGAGUAUCCGCGCUACGGAGCUCUGAAUAAGUUCCUCUACACCACCCGCGACAUCAGCAUGGAUUGCCUGCUGGAUCUGAUGCAGGGUUUGGUGCGCGGCAUGCAUUACCUGGAGGACAACAAGAUCAUACACAACUACAUACGUUGCAGUAAUCUUUAUGUGACCAAAUAUGAUCCUGGAUCCGGUGGUAGGGAGCCGGUUUUAGAUGCCAAGAUCAGUGAUCCGGGUUACCCGCGUCCCUACCGGGAAUCGGACUCCCCCUGGAUACCCACCAAAUACUAUAGGAAUCUGCAGGCGGCCAAAAAGGAUUUGGCCACCCAGCUGUGGGCCUUUGCCACCACCACCUAUGAGAUCUUCACGCGCUGCCGUAAGGAUUUGCGCCAGCUGACGCAGGCAGAUCUCCAGCGGCAGCGACUACUCGAUGGCAAUAUCCUGCCGCUGCUCGAUCCGGACAUUUGUCCGCCGCCCAUAUUCGAGACCAUUAUGGAUGGCUGGAGCGAGGAUCCGACCAAGCGAUUCAAGCAUCAUGACAUCUUCUCCCGCCUUGUCAGCAUCAAGUCGAUACUGAAGGGCGGAGCCUAUCAUACCCCCUCCCUGGCCAUGAAUGGAACUGGCGAGGCGGAGGAUGGCGAAAGCGUCCAUGAGCUGCACGUGGACAAUAUCUUCCCCAGUGCCGACAUGUUAAUGGUUGUGGAGCUAAACGACUGCCGGCUGCUGUACUGCGAAAGCGACAAGAUCGGGGAGGGUAAUUUCGGUGUGGUUUAUCGCGGUCACCUGGAGUAUUAUGACAAGGAACGGCCACGGGAGCGGGUAGCCGUCAAGAAACUGAAGGCCAUGCAGGUAUCCAUGAACGAUUUCAAGCGCGAAAUGCAGAUCAUGCGCACGCUGGAUCAUCCGAAUGUCGUCAAGUUCAAGUACUGGUCGGAGUCGCUCACCUCCAUUGUGAUGGAGUUCCUGUUCGCUUCCUUCAAGACGUAUCUGGGCUUGGAGUCGCCAAAACUCAACAAUGCACGUCUCAUUGGCUACGCGCUGGACAUCGCACACGGCAUGAAGUACUUGUCCGACAUGGGCCUGAUCCAUCGGGACCUGUCCACCCGCAACGUUCUGGUCGAUCGCACCAGCGGCAAAGAUUGCCUAAAAAUCUCAGACUUUGGCCUGGCGCAGUUUGCCAAUUCCGAUGGAUAUUACUUAGCCCAGAACAAUCGGGAGCUGCCCAUAAUGUGGUAUUCACCCGAGGCCCUUGCCACAAACAAAUUCUCAUCGUACUCGGACGUCUGGAGCUAUGGCGUCACUCUUUUUGAGACAUUCUCCAUUGGGGGAGAACCCAUUUUGGAGCCGGUGGAGCCGUCAGAAACGUUCCUAAAUCGCCUGCUGAGGGGCGACCGCUUACCUCGACCUAGUACGAACUGCCCCGAGUUCAUUUACGACCUGAUGCUCAUGUGCUGGCAUAUCACGCCCAAAUCCCGGCCCAGCUUCGCCACCAUUGUGGAGUUAAUCUCGCGAGAGGUGGGCGUCAAUGUCUUUCCGCUGGGGGACCAACAACAGCCGCAUCCACAUCAACAGUUGCCUCCAAAUAUGGAAGGAGGUGGGGAAUAGUAACGCAGGGCACAUGGGGUUAAAGGUGUUUUAAACACAGCGGAAUGAUGAUACACACACGCGUAUAUAUAUAUAGUUAGAAGUUAGGUAAUUUUUUAAGCUGUUAGCAUUUGUAACUGUAUGUUUUUAAAACACAGAACCCAACACCCACUUGACCAUCCAUCAGCAGACGACCUUUGCUCUGGCCUUUCUCUUGGAUUAGUUUUUAUUUUUGUGCUAAAAAAAACCCCCCUUCUUCUUCUCUUGACUAAGUGCAGGGCGCCCCCUCCCCCCUUGGCUUUAUAUAUAAACAUUUAUAUGUAAUAUAAACAAAAAAUUCUCAACUAUUAUUGUGUUAUAUACAAAAAUAUUUUAGCCGACUUUGUUAAAUAUUGUUAAGCUUGAGCUUAAUUUUUUUUGUGCAUUUAUUCAACCGAAAACGCAAAGCAAAACAUUUUAAAGGUGUAAAUAAUAUAAUAAGAAAAAAAUAUAUUUUAAAUUUUUAAGAUAAAUCUAAUUUAAAAAAAGAAAGAAAAAAAACUAAAACUAUAAAAAAAAACAACAUAUGUGCACAUAUAGUUCUAAGGUAAAUGUCAAUUAAAGUUGAUGAAAUGCCAUUUUUUAACCUACAAAAUACUUUGAAACAAAAACGAAUUAUAUAUAUACACAUUUACAUACUAUAUACACAAUAUAUUUACAUAAAUGCUGAUCAAGCAGCACUAUACAAGCGCCGGAUUAUGCACAACCAACCAGACACAGAGCAGCGCAGGCACAAUAACUUAUUAUUAUUGAUGUGUUUUCAACGAGAAGCGGAUAUUUGUCCGGCAAAAUAAAUCAAUUUUCUUACGUGUUUAAAUGUGCAA